AUGCCACCGCCGGUAGUGUCGGUCGCCGUCGUCGUCUUCACAGCGGCUGCCAUGCUGUUAGGCUCCACUCCGGCCCACGUUCACGCCGGUUUCGCCUGCCUGAGCAGCCCCUGUGCACAUGGUGUGUGCGUUGAUCAGCUCAACAGGUAUAUAAUUGUUUGGUAAAAUUUGUUAAAAUCAUUUUCCGAAUACAAUACAAUUCCUCGUCGAUAAGUACGAAUUGUAAAAACAGUACUACACAUAAAUAUUCGAAUCAAAUAAAUACUAUAAAUUAUAAUAUUUCCUUCAAAACUGCAAAUUGUAUUAUUUUAAAUUCUGAGCGUAUUAGUUUUACUCUAAUGCGUUUUACAUUUUUUUUUCUAUCUGUUAACAACUUCUUAACAGUGGUCUAAAAUUAAUCUUAAUCCUUACUCAAAAAAAAAAAAAAAAAACAGUUUUUGUUUCAAUGAUUUGAUUCCAUUUAAUUAAAUUUUUUCUAUUUUCUUUUUUUUACUAGUUGUCUUCAAAUUUAUUAUAAAUUUCUUUGUACUGAUUAUUACAAUUAGUUCACUGAAGAUAUUACAUUAUAAUAGAAUUGUUUGUUGUUUUAUUGUUACGAUAUACGUACGCAGUUCAUACACGUGUUAUUGUAUCGACGGCUAUACAGGUGUCCGGUGUCAGACCAACUGGGACGAAUGUUGGUCUUCACCGUGUCUCAACGGAGGUCUGUGUUUGGACGGCAUAGCUGAUUACAAUUGUUCGUGUCCCGAAGGAUACGCCGGUAAAUUAUAAAAUUCGUUUAUUAACUCAUCGAUUCAUUAGUGCGAAUUUUAUAUUGUUUUUUCUAUCACCCUCAGGACACGACUGCGAGAUCAACGUUAACGAAUGCCUGUCGAAUCCGUGCCAAAAUAAUGGGACCUGUAUGGAUUUCACCAACGGGUUUACGUGUCAAUGCCCUGUCGGAUACACUGGUCAGUUUUCGACGUUUUCGUUUAUGUUCACGAUUUAUGAACUAUUCCGCUCGAACUGCGAUGAAAACGAGAGAACGAAACCCCGAGUUUCUAAAUAACUCGCCUGUAUUAGGGAGUAAUUAUGCGAGUUUUUUUUUUUCAAAAGAUUCAUUAAAAAUGCACAUAAUAUUUAAUUGUACAUGUGUAUAGUUAUAUAUUAUAUACAUACAAGUUUAAAUUUUUGAAUAUAUUUGCGGUAUAUUAGUAAACAUAUAAUUUGACUAAUAUUCAAAAUAAACACGCCUUUAUGUAAUGUCUGUUAGAAGCGAAUGUAACGUUAUAAUACUAUUGUAAAUUUGUAUGAUAAUGUGAUAAAAAUCAUUAUGUUACAUAAUACUAUUAAAAGGCAAUUAUAGUAUGCCGUUGAGGAGAACAUUUUCCUAUAGCUCUUGUGAUCAUGCGUUAUACAUACAAAUGUAUAUAAAUCACACAUUAUUCAAUUAAUUACUGCUUGAUGUACAGUAGAACUCCAAUUAUCCGGACUAAUUAAUGUUAAGGAUGGCCCGGAUACGCAAAUAUCCAUAUAAUAUUGAAAUUUAAGUAUUGUAACACAUAUUAAAAGUUAUACAAAGUUAUACGUAUGGUACAUAUUCAAAAAUAUCGGCUUUAACUUCACAUAAAAAUUUAAAAUAUCAGAAUUUGAAUAUAUGCUAAAUUUAACCAAAAAAUGGGUUAAGCACGCUUAGUGAAUCACCCUGUAUAUAUGUAUUAAAUGAUUCGUCCGGCAUCGCCCGAGUUAAAUAAUACAUUUUUAGGACAUUAAUCAGCGGUCAAAACUAGGAUUCUGAAAAGGGCCAAAUAUAAUUUAUGAAAAUUACUUGCAGGCCGCAUACAGUAUAUCAAUACGAAUUUUUAUGCAAUAUUAACUUGAAAAAAUCUCUUUUUUAACGUAUUUUUUUUUUUUAUAUAAAUUAAUUCUUUCUUUUACUUAUAAAAAAAAGGUACAAGUUUAGAUAGGUACAAUUAUGUUGUACCUAUUUGUAUAUAUACGUUUAAUAAUAUUAUCUGUCUAAGGUAAAAACUGGUAAUUCAGUUUAAAUUAAAAAUUAACUGGUAUAAUAAAUAAGAAUAAUAAGAUAAGAUAAAUAAAAAGUAUAAUUGCAUGUAUUUACUUUAUUUACACAUUUAAAGUGUAGAAUGUACAAUUCAGUUUUAGACGUUUUAGUACGGGCCGCUUAAAAUUUGUUAAAAUGCCACAUGUUUAGUGAAGACCGCUGACAUAAAUGAAUAAAACACAUUUUAAAAUUUAAACUUUUUAAAAUAUUUUUUUGAAAAAUUUGAAAGUUUUGAGUAAAAGUAAAAAAAAAAAUUAACAAAAUACUCAUAAUAAUUUUAUAUUUGAAAUUCAAAUUAAUAGCAAUAGUCAACAGUUUUCAUUUGAAGCUAGAAAAAACAUUAAACACAGAUGUACUGAUGGUAGUUUUAUAGAUUUCAAAAUGAAAAUUAACAAACAAUAAAUGUUUUUUGAAAGAAAAGACACGAAAAUAAAUACGAUUUCGAGUUAAAAUUUAAAUUUAAAAUUUUAUUUUUGUCUUGCUUGUCCGGAUAAUAAUUGGACGUUCGGUUGAUGACGUUCGGAUAGUUGGAGUUCCACUGUAUCUACUGUAUCUAUAUUAUUAUCAUGUGUUUUGGAAUUUGUAAAUAGAAUAUAAUUUGUACAAACCGAAAUGAUCUAGGUACUAUUAAUCGGUUGUAUAAUGUUCAAUAGGUACAUAAUACGUAUAUUAUAGUCAUUAAAAAUAAAACAAAAAUCAAAACAUUCAGAGAUUUAUUGAUAUCCAUAUUUACGUUUUCAGGGACAAAUUGUGAAAUCGAUUUGGCCGUAUGUAAUUCGACUGGCGAAAUACAAUGCAAAAACGGAGGCGAGUGCAUCGAAGGUCCCGGUGUAUCUUUUUCGUGCAACUGUUCUCCAGGUAUGUAAUAUUAUGUAACACCAGGAUUGAUUUUGUGUUAAAAUUAUUUUUUUUUUAAACUCAUUAUUAAACAGUGUUUUAAACAAAAAGUUUAAAUUUAAAACAAUUGAUUUGAACAGCAUAUAAAAAACAGUCGUUAUAACACGGAACAAAAUUCCUUAACAAUUAAAUUUCACGAAAAAAAAUGAACCUAUAAAUAAAAUAAAUUACUAGUUUAAAAAAUACAUUUUAUUUUUUUGUUAUAAUAUCAUUUAAUAUUUAUUAUUUUAUUAGCGAAAAUAAGUUAUUAUUUCUUAUCGUUAUAAAUAUGAUAUACGCUAUAUGUAAAAAAGCACACAUAAAUAUAUGCAAUAUAAAAAAAAACUAAUAUUGAUGACGUAAAUAGACGAAACUACGGGUCAGGCCAUUCAGGCCGUGACCUGACCAUAUACUAACUGGAUAACAGACUAAUUAAUUGACUAAAUAAAACUUUAAAUUAAAAUUAAUUUCCGCAUUUAAAAUGCCUACAAUUGUUUGUUUAAAUAAAUAUGUAUACACUGUACACACAAUGCGUUCAUACCUACUGUAAAUUUGGGUUUGAUAUUUUAAUUCCUUGGAAUUUAAUCAUAUAGAAAUAAUUUAACGAUUAUUUUAUGUUAUAUCAAGUAAUAUUUUUUUCCCGAUACUAUUGGAUUAUGAUCGAUAACUUAAUCCAAAGAGUAAAGAGUUGUAGGUAAUUAGAAUUGUUUUCAUAUUUAUCAAUUGGCCUGUCCUCGUAAAAUUGUCUAGGUUCGCUAAUGCUGAUGUAUCAUUACUGUAAGUUUUAAGUGAAAGUUAGGAAUGUAGAAUACCUAGAGUAAUUUAAUUUAAAAUAUGUAAGCAAAGAUAAAUCAUUGCUAACAAAAUACGAGUCUGAGCGAAGUUCAGUGUUAUACAUGUUUCCCAAUGCCAUAAUUUUUAUGAUUUUUGUCAACAUUUUAUCUGUAAACCCCUAUAAAAAAAACUACUACACUACGCUCAAAUUUUUUUAGUAAAACUUAUAAAGAACAUUGUAUUCAAUUUUGAAGCGUUUCUUUUCGGUCAAAUAAUUUUAACCAAAUAAUACCGACAAUAUGAAAGAAAACUACGUAAAUAACCUAGAAAAUUCAAAACGUGCGGUCGCACCCCUUACUUCUAAAAUAUUUCCGAUUGGCUUACUGAAAAAGUGCACAAUUUUUUUUAUAUAAUUAUAAUUAAAUUUUUAUAUUAACAGUAUUAGUAUUUUACUGUCAGUAAAUAAAUAUAGUGCUGUCAAAUAAUUAAGUAAACACAAUGGAUGUAUCUUGUAUUUUAUAAUCUACCAGAUAUACUAGUUGAUACUUACAGGCUACAGAGUAUUGGUAUAGAUAAGGAACCACAUGGCCAAAAGUUGAAUAACUUCGAGAUUGAACGGUUAACGCGGUUGCUAUUAUGGAAACAUGACAAAUUAUUUAAUUUGGCUAAAUGAUCUUAUGGUACUAAAUGUUAAAAAAGGAAAAGUAAAUAAUAUCGAUUUAAAAAAAGCUGUAGGUGUAUUUUCUGGACUUGCCGGUAUCUUCUAAAUAUAUUUAAUUUGUUUUUCUUGAGAGUUUUACUCGUGCAAAAAUUAAUGUUUAGUGAUUAUUUACGCAACCCGGCGGGAGAUCGUACAUAUCUGAAAAUUUUAAAUCAGGACCGCACAUAUCUGGACCCUACAAAUAUAGAAUCUGUAAAUCUGAAUCGUACUUAUCUGGAAAAUAGAAUUUUGAUAUCCGUAAAAAUCUGGACAGUACAAAUCUGGACCGUAAAAAUCUGAAGUUAGACGUAGAAAACUGGACCCUAUUAAUAUGGACGGUACAAAUCUAGACUAUAUACUAUAUAUAUGCGAUUAAGGGGUAAGUGUAAGCCAUAAAUAUAUUAUUUCAUAAAAUAAAAUAUAUUAAGGGGCUAUGUAUAGACAAUUUGUAUUUUUAUUACUAAACGUUUUUACACAAACCCUUUAUUUGCCAACGUUAAAUUAUUGGCUUAAAUGUAAAAUACAAUUUUAUAAUGGGGCGUUCAAAUCUCCACAGAAUUUUGACAUUAAGCUUACUACUAGAAAUACGGAAAGAACAAUAAUUUAACGUUGGCGAAUAAAGAGUGUAUAUACAAGCGUUUAGUUAAUAAAUGUAAAACAAAUUACCUGUACAUAGCCCCUUAAAUAUUGUAUUUUAUGUAACGGUAUAUUUAUGGCCUACACUAAUCCCUUAAUCGGAUCUAUAAUAUAAUAUGUAGUCCAAAUUUGUAAGGCCCAGAUAUGUGUGGUCCAGAUUUACAAUUUCCAGAUUUAUAUGAGUAUCCAACCCAGCAUACAUAUUAUUAUAAUGUACAAUGUAUACGUUAGAAAAUUUAAAAUUUAAUUUUAAAAAAUGAUAUAUGGUAUAGCGUAUCGUAUAUAUUGUUUAAUGUAGAAAAUAUUUUAUUUUCUUAAACAAAUUGUUAAAUUUAAAAAAAAAUGUUUGGUAUACCUUAUCUAUGUAUGUUAUACAAUGUAUAUAUAUACAUAUAUAAUUAGUAUACUUUACUAUUAUAUAUUUUUCACAAAAUUGUACCUGAAAUUUAAAACAAUAUAUUAUAGGUAUUUAGUAUAUUAUUUUAUUAAACGCAAUGUUAUAUUACCUUCCAAUUAUUCUAUUUUUUUAAUCCGUUAUAAUUCGGUCAUUUUUCUCAUUUGGUGGACACCAGUAAUGGUGAAAAAGGGAAAGAUCCACUUUUGGUAGAAAUCCCUCACUACCCUCGAUACGCUCAGAAUCCAAUAUAACUUAUAUUUUUAUAGUUUAUACCACGCUGAAUUUCUCCGUUAUCAAACGUUUGCCACUUUCAUAUUUGCUCAUGCAUUGCAUAUUACAGUUGUAUAUACUUAUAGUAUAAACUGUAUACCAUCAUACACGUACGUAAGAUCGUAAAUUAUAAAUAUUAAUAAUUAUCAUAGUCGUGUAAUUGUAUUUUGUUUGUGUUAGUACUACAUCAGGUCAUAAUAUAAUUAUAUAAUAAUACACAGUGGCAUCGAAAAUUUAUGGUAGGUGUGGCGGCUGUCACGUCUGAUUUAAGGGGUGGGUAUUCCUUCAGCAUUGGUAGUUUAAUAUAAAACACCGUGCAUUUCACAAUUAAUGUAAGGAGCGAACUAAUCUAUUUUUUAACUACUACAACGUUACUGUUUAACUGCAUUAAUAAAAUCAGAUAACUUUUUAAUUAUAACUUAUAUAUAUAUAAAUAUAUAUUUAAUCAAUAGUUUUACGAAAAAUAACCAAUAUUAAAGUUUUUUUUUUUUUUUGUGAGUAUAUCCUAAUGCUACGAGGAGGAACUUCACCCUUGUGGAAAGUCCUUCCCCUACUACCUAAUAAAUGUCUAAAUCUACAACAGUGACUACAGCUAGUUUAUACCUUUGUGGUGGUGUUGCACGUAGACUAUACACAGUAAAAACAUAAACACGAUAGUAUUGUUAUUAUUUAACUAUUCUUGGUUAAAUCCGAGAUUAUAAUAUUUUUUUGUAGUAAUAGAAUAAUAUAAUUUUGAAUAGAUUUAGAAGAUAAAAAAUUGUAUGCCAACUAAAUGAAAAAACAAUGAACAUAUAUUUAUAUUGAAUAAGACGGACAUACUUCGCAAGAUGGGAGGACCCAGGCACGUGUAAAAGGGGAGGGUAUAGUAUAUGUAUAUUUUCAAUAAUAUACAUAUACUUGUAUGUUAGGGUAAAAUAUUCACAUAUGUAUAUUUUCUUUAAUAAUAAUUGAUUACUGAACUUAUUUUCUCAUAUUUUCUACGUUUUUUCCGGUUUUCCCGUGUUUUUUCUCGGGUUUUCCCAUUUAUUGGGAAAAUUCCUGAAAAAAUCAAGAAAUGACGUCCCUACAGUACAACCCCAGUCGGAUUUUCUUUCAAAAAAAGUGCUAUCAUUGUAAAUCAGAGGAAAAUUGCAGAUAGAAUAAUUGUCUACAUCAUUGUAAAACGAAUACUUUCCUCGUUCCACUUAGAAUCUAAAAUAAAUGUUAUAAAAUAUUAACAUUUUCAAUGAAAAAUAAAUAGUACUACAGUUAAAAGUAUGAAAACUUUUUUUAUUAUAAGAGUAUGAAAGUGUAAAACCUUAAACCUCCCUGAAUUUUUUUUUUGUAAACGUACCUGGGUGGACCAAUGUUGUGGUUGAGAAGUUGAAAGGGUAAGAUAAAAAGGGGAAUUUAAUGUAUAUAUACACAACGAUAAAACAUUGCAAACAAAAAACAAUUCUGAGCAGCGCUCAGUUAUAUAUGUUUUGAAUAACCGUAAGUAAUAUUACGAUUUUCGUCAAAAUUUGAUAAGUAUUAAAAUACUUAUAAAAAAAAUACUACAUUAAACUCAACUUUUUCUUGUUGGCUACUAAGUACAACUCAUAACGAAUCCCCUAAUAAAUUUUCAAGCAUUUCUGUUUGGUUAACAAUUUUAUCCAUGAAGUAUGUGCCGAAUAAAAAUUACGUAAAAAACUUGAACAAUUUUAAUGUCUAUAAAUAACUCAAAAAUUUAACAAAUGUUUUAAAAAUUUGAUCACAUUUAGAAAAGGAAAAUAAAACACUACACUCAACCUAACCUAUAUAAUAUUAUAUAACACUUAAAUCUUUAACAUAUAUACAAAUUUAUAAUAAAACCCGUAAAAAAAUAAGAAAUUAACAAUACUUUCAAUUAAAUCACAUUUAAUCAUUAAGUUCGAAAGUUACGAGGUUGUGCAUAGUUUUUUCUUAAAGAUCACAAAAAAAUACAUAGGAUUCACUUGGAAUUAAGUAAAAUUUUACUGUUAUAAGAAUAGCUCAUUUAUAGAAAUAUAUAAAAAUUAAAUUUUUAUAGCUUUUUUAUUCAUAUUAUAAAAAUCUCUAAAUUCGCCACUUUCUACUAGAAAUCUUCAGUAGAAUUCAUUUUUUAAGUUAUGAAAAGACUUCCUAUUAGCUCUUGAUUAUAGAUCAACUUCAUAGACUAUAAAGAGUUGAAAAUUUAAAAAAAAUCUGAAAAAUUAUAUAGAUUUCUGUGAAUCUUAUGUAUUUUUUGUGAUCUUAAAGGAAAAACUAUGUACAACCUCGUAACUUUCGAACUUAAUGAAUAAAUUUAAUAUUUUAAAGUAUCGUUAUUUUUCUAUAUUAUUUAAAUUGAAAAACUAAAUUUGCAAUGAACUCAUUGAGCAAGUUCUGAACAAUUAUUUUUUGGGCUCAAAAAAGUUUGGUUAAGUUUGAGACCACAAGGAAGCAAUUCCCAGUCUUAAUUCGAAAAAAAUAAAUUAAAAAUCAAAACAGUCUAAUGUAAUUAGGCUUUUAAUUGUUUCAAUAGAUUAUGAAUCGCAAUAAACAUAAACAGUAAAAAACCACUGUUAAAAAUCUGUUUAAAAUCUAAAACAUAAUAAAUAAUUGAUACCUAUGAAAACCAAUAAAUAAUGCAUACAAAUAUUGAAGAUGAUAAAUGCAGUAAAAACGGCGAUAGAUGAUGUCUGAUAAGUUAUAAAAUACACGAUACAUUCAUAGAUUACUCAAUUACUUGAUAGUACGAUAUAAGUGUUUACUGUCAAUAUAAAAUUAUAAUUUAAUUUUAUAAAAAAAAUAUGGUGCAUUAUUUCCGCAGGCCAAUUGAAACUAAUUUAAAAGUAAGGGGUGCGACCGCACAACCUGUCCCCCCUCCCCCGAAUGACGCCCCUGAGUGAUUGUUUUAAAUUUUAUUAUUAUUAUUAUUAUAUAUACUCACUGAUAUUGAUUUGAUAUUUUGAUAUUUUUACUGACGAAUGUGAUUUUAGAUUCUGAGUGUAGCGAAAAAUGUAUUGGUUUUACAAAGAUGUUUAUUUUUUUUUUUAUAUAUAUAUUGUGUACAAAAAUUCUACCAGAAAGCUUAACCCAAUGUGUACGAAAUAGACCUUUUUCUGAAAGGAAAUUUUCUUAGGGUGGUACUUUAAACAGGUCAUAUUUCGAUUUUUUCAAAAAUUUUUCUCAUCAAAUGUGAAAACCGAAAAAAACGGAGAAAAAAUGGAAAAACGAACGAAAUAUAUUAGUAAAAUAUUACGAUUUUUUUUACUGUGAACAACUUUUCUACCAGCAAUUUUGCUCCGAUUUGCAGUGAUGGCACUUUUUCUAAAAGAAAUCGGACUGAGGAGAUACUUUAAGAGUAAUUUUUUAAAUUUCUCAGGAGUUUUCCCAAUAAAUGGGAAAAAAUGUUUCUAAAAACCAACAUCACGAUAAAUUUUCAAGUAUUUCUAUUUGGUCAAACAAUUUUAUCCGUGUAGUACAUACCAAAGAAAGACUACAUUGAAUUACAAUAAAAAAAAAUUAUAAUAAAACUAUAAAUAAUUAAAACCAUUCUGUAAUGUUUCCCUUUCCCUAAAUAAUCUUAGAAAUUAUCUCCAAACAAACCGUUAAAAAGAAGUAUGUCCGUACAUACUUCGCACGUAGAUGCAUCCACUGUUGUAGGUAGGAAGUUGGGAAGGUAGGAUACAGAAGGGAAUUUAAUGUUAUAUCUAUAAGCAACGAUGAACCAUUGCUUACGAAAAAACGAUUCUGAGCGGAGUUCAAUUGAUAGUGAUACUUUUUCAACAAUAUAUAUGUUAUAUUUUGGUAAAAUAAUUAUAUAGACAUUAUAUAGUUAUAACAGUAUUUGUUUAAUGUACCGAUUUUCCCGUUUUUCCUACGUUUUUCCCGGUUUCCCCAUGUGUUUUUCCUAGGUUUUUACAUUUGCUAGAAAAACUUUUGAGAAAAUCGAAAAAAAACCUAAUGUAUCUUCCCAGUUAAAUUUCCUUUCAGAAAAAGUGAUAUUGUAAAUCGGAGCAAAAUUGCUGAUAAAAAAGUUGUACACAGAAAAAAAGGCUAUAAUAUUAUUUUACUAAUACCUACAUUUCGUACAUUUUCCGUUUUUCUGACAUUUUAUCUCGGUUUAUCAUAGAUAUUAUGAAAACCGCUUGAAAAUUACCUCCCUAUAUUAUCAUGUAGAUAAAAUUUCCUUUCGGAAAAUAAGUUACAUUUGAAACAUCGGAGCGAGCAAGAUUUUUAAUAGAAAAAUUUGCACAACAAUAAAUCACAGGGUAUUUUGUGAUUAAAUAGUCCGAACAAGCUAUGGCUUAGGACUCUAUAUAAGUACUCCUAAAACGCAUUUGUUUUUUCCUUGUUUAGGGAAAAGGGCAAAAAAUACAAACAAUUAUUUUACCAUAAUAUAAUAUACACAUUGUUGACAAUGCAUCACUAUCAACUAAAAUCUGCUCAAAAUCGGUUUUUCAUUAGUAAUUGUUUUUCGUUGCUUACAGAUAUAAAAUCUCCUUCUAUUGCCUUCCCAACUUUCCGCUUACAACAGUGGCUACACCCGUCUCCAUUAUCCUAGAACAACUUUUUUAAAACGUGAUUUGUAUUAAUUACUUAAUAUUCUUUCCGGUUCUCUCCUUCGAGCCAGGAAAAUCGUUCAAAAAAAAACCCGUUAAAUUCCCAUUAAUUAUAAAUCCAUUGUCUAUAUAUUUACUAAUGUUAUGUUCUGCGUGACGUUUCAGGAUGGAACGGGAGAACUUGCGAGGAUGAAAUCGACCAAUGUGAUUCGCGGCCAUGCAGGAACGGAGGCGUGUGUAUCAACCAGCAGACGUCGUACUCUUGUGUAUGCCUUUUCGGUAUGAUUAUUUUAUAUUAUUGACAUAAUCAGUGGUGCGCAGGUCCGUUUUAUCGAAUUAAAAACAAGUUUACUUCUGUAAAACUACUGAAUUAUGUGUCGACUGUGUGAUAGAGAAAUUAUAAUUUGUGUUUUUGACUUUUAAUGGUUUUAAUACAACAUCACUCUUAUAGUAUAUAAUAUAAUAUUAUUAUAACAGCAUUAUCGUUACGUUUGUAGUUAUCAUUAUCGAAAAUAUAUAGAUAAUAAAUAUUUAUUUAUUGGUUUAUUUAUCAAACACCACGAACCUGAAAAACAUCCACAAAAAUAUUUACAAACAAGUGUCCGUGUAAAUAACGGCAACAAUUAACUUACUAUAUUUGCUAUAUAUUGUCCACCACAAUAUUAAGUAGAUGACAACAAGUUUACUGAAUUCUUCCGGACUCUGGGUAGUAGAUUCAUUACUGGAGGUGAUUAUAAUGCCAAACAUCCUUUCUGGGGAUCGAGAUUGAUUACCACCAAAGGACGUGAUUUGUUUAAAUCUGAAAAUAAAAUUGAAGCACAAUUCAUCUCACCUAUAAAACCAACCUACCGGCCAUCUGACCCAAAUAAACUAUCUGAUAUUAUUGACUUCAAUGUAAUUGAAGGAAUAUGAUCAAAUUAUGUAGAAGUUUUAUUGUAAUAGUGAAACAAAAAAAAAAACUUCCAUAACAAACAAAAAAACGAAUUGGGACUUAUUUAGAAGUGCUCUCGAAAAAAAUAUAACUCUUUUAAUUAGAACAAGAACAAUAGCCGACAUUGAAAAUGCAGUUAAAAAAUUGAUCGACGAUAUUAUUAAUGCGGCAAAAAUUACGGCAGCUACUAUUGGUAAGGCCAGACUACAUACCCACUGGAUAUAAGAAAUCUAGUUCAACAAAAAGCCGAGUGAGAAGAACAUGGCAUAAUACACGGUAUCCAAUGGAUAAAACCCAAUGGAACCAUGUAAGCAAAAUACUUCAUAAUAAAAUUAACGAAAUGAAAAAUGAAACUUUCAGAUUACACGUAAGUGGUCUCUCUUCAACAGAUAAUACCGAUUAUUCGUUAUGGAAAACCACAAGACAUAUGAAGAGACCUCGUGUUCGGAUACCACCCAUCCACAAGGAAGAUGGCACCUGGGCUUGCAGUGAACAAAAAAAAGCAAAAAUAUACGCUCGAUAUGUUAAACGCGUAUUUCUACUACAUGACAUCGACUCUGAGCUUGAUUUUGUGCAGUGUUAACAGCUUAAUGCAAAACUUGAAAAUAUUAAACAUUUCACUCCAUUAGAAGUUGCUAAAGUAAUAGAGACAACUUAAACUCCAAAAAAGCACCAUGCUAUGAAAAAAAUAAGUCCAAAAAUACUUAUAGAGCUUCCAAAGAAAGCUAUCAUUUAUCUUAUGCACAUAUACAAUGCUAUUUUUCGCUUAGAAUACAUUCCGGAACAAUGGAAAAGAGCACAAGUGAUUAUAUUGCUCAAACCGGGAAAAACACCAGAUGUCACAUCAUACCAACCGAUAUUACUCCUUCCUUGUCUAAACUUUUAAAGAAACUUUUACUUAAACGUCUAAAAUCAAUACAUCUUAUACCGGACCAUCAGUUUGGAUCCCGCAACAUACAUUCGACAAUCAAACAAGUCCAUCGCAUCACUAAUGUUAUAAGUAAAGCUCUGAAAGAAAAAUAUUACUGCUAUGAAAUGUUCCUUGACGUAGCUCAGACUUUUGACAAAGUCUGGUACAAAGGUUUCUUCAUCGAAUUGCGUUCAUCAAAUAUCAGCUGGAGUACCACAAGGUAAUAUCUUGGGAGCUAUCCUGUACCUACACUACACAGCUGAUGUACCAAACGAUGGCAACUAUGUUUCCCGAUGAUACGGCAAUUUUGUCGACAAGUAAGAAUCCGCUAGAAUGUCCGCUAGAAAAAAAUACAGAUUAAAGAAAAAAUGCGAAAGCUCUAUUGGUUAGUUGGACCCCACUCCGAGUUAACUAUAGAAAACAAACGUCUGCUAUAUGUAGCUAUCAUAAAACCAUUUAUGGCAUUGAACUUUUUGGUCGUGCCAGUAAGUCUAACAUUGAUACAACGCUGUCAAAACAUUGCUCUUCGGACCAUCACUGCAGCCUACUGGUUUGAACGAAACGAUGCCAUUCACCGCGAUAUGAUGCUGCCUACAAUAACUAACGAAAUCCAAAAGUUUGCUCACAAACACGAGAAAAGAUUAGGUCACCAUGUUAAUCCACUGGCCACCCAAUUAUUAGACAACUCCAAAGAUGUUAGACGCCUUAAGUGUCUGAAGCCAUACGACUUAGUUUAAGAAUUUAAAUUAAGGAUAGGAGCCAUUUCAUUGGAAGUGUGACUUCAUAAACGUGUAAAGUAUACAUUAACAUCUAGUAUUUAAUAUAUAUGUAUAUAUAUUGUUAAAUAUAUUUAUAAAGACCUUCAAGUCGUUUAAAUAAUAAAGCCUCUGGGUAUUUGAAAAAAAAAUAAAUAUUUUAAACAUACACUAUAAUAUUUUACACCAUAACGGAUGAAUUAAAAUUUUUUCAUAAACGAUACAUGUGAGCUCAGAGUUAGUCAUACGGCUUUGUCAUACCGUUAGCAACAACAUCGAAAUGGACAUUCGAGAUUUUUUCAAAAAAGACUGGUAGAAAAUAAUCAAGGAGUAAUUUAUGAGAGUGUAUUAAUAUUAAUCAUUUUGUUUUCAAUAUGACAAUAAUAUGUCGGUUACACUUAUAUAUUAUAUUCUUUAUAUUUAAUUACUAAUAAAAAUAAAAUAGGUAGGUACUUUACAUGUCCGAUUAAACUGUUACAACAAAAAUAAGUUUCUCACAAUAUAUUUUUUGGCUAAAUUACUAUUCGGACAUUUUAUCAGGGAUUGAAUUUAAAAAACAAAAUGUAUCGUUUUUACGAAUUCUGUUAUUCGAACAUUAUACAAUAUUAAUGCUUAACGUUAUUGUAUGUUCAAACGUUAUUUUAUUUUUUUUCGUUUAACUUCAUCGAGUUUUUUAACAUUGUUUUAAUUUUUCUUAUCAGUUAAAAUAUUAUUUAACGUUAUAAAUUAAUUUUAAAUUAUGAAAUUUUAUAUUCUGAGCGGAACGAGGAAUAUAUUGGUUUUACAAUGAUGUUCAUUUUUUUUUCUGUGGACAACUUUUCUACAAGCAAAACGAAAAUCGGAGUGGGGAGGUACUUUAGGGAGGUCAUAUUUUGGUUUUCCCAAUAAAUAGGAAAAACUUACGAAUAACGGGAAAAUAGGUACAAUAUAUUAAACAAAUACUAUUAAAGAAAGUAUAUAAUGCGUAUGUAAUUAUUAAUGUAAUUUAUUAUUUUACCAUAAUAUGACAUAUAUGUUGUUGACGAAGCAACUCUAUCAACCAAACUCCGCUUAGAAUCGUUUUUUCGUUAGCAAUGGUUUAUCGUUGAAUUACUUUAUGUAUCCUACCUUCCCAACUUCCCACCAGCAAUGCUACAACCAUCACCAAUAUCUGCUCGUUUUUUGAUUAAUUUCUAUUGUUUUGGUCUGUUGCAGGUUUUACGGGUCGAGACUGCGACGUAGCGCUGCGUCUGUGCGAUCAACACGAGUGUCAAAAUCACGCCCUUUGUUUGAUCGAGGACCAGACGUCAGUCUGUUACUGUGUACCGGACUACCACGGGAAAUACUGCCAGUACCAGUAUGACGAAUGCCAACUAGGAAUCGGGUAAGUAAAUAUUAUUUCACACGCGUUAUCAUCAACAAACCGACCGUCUAUUUUGUACGUGAUGGCAAUAACUCCCGUUUCACCAACAGAUUUCGAUGCGUUUUAAUAAAUGUUUCAUAUUUUUAUAAAAAACAACGUCUACUCGUAUUAUCAAGGAUAUAUUUAAGAGUGAAAGAAUUUACCACGGGCACAAUAUUUCACGGGAUUGUGUUAAUCUUUUAAUAGAUACCGUAAAAUAGUAAUUGUAUAUAUUAUUAUUUAUUAGCUACGUUAAUAGUAUAUUAUCGUGACAAAAUAGAUUGCAUCAUGAUUAUUUAUGAUCUAUUACAGAUAAUUUACAUUAAGAUAUAAAUUGGUCUUGUAGCACAAACAUUUUCUUUUUUUUGUUCGAUAUUAACUCUGUCCCACAGCUUACACUCGCUUAGCAGGGCUUGUGUUUUAGAGUACAAAGUGUCCAGUCCGAAUUUUAAAGUAUGCGGCCUACGUGUUGUAAAAUAAUUUGUUCUGAUAUGAUAUUCUUCUAUUUCUCGGCACUAUGUACAAAUGACACCCCUGGUUUUAGCCAACCAUACUAAUUACACUGUUUAUGUCUUUUACUGUGGCACCGCUAACAUGACCGACAAUCAUAUUUGAAAUCAUAAAACACAUUAUGAAUAGUGUCAAAUAACAACAAACAAUUCUACAAUACUACUAGUUAAAAAUGUAUAGAAGGACUUGAAUGCCAAUUUUGUUUACAUGUUGACAUAUUUUAUGCCUGCUUUUAUAUUUUGUCAAAACCCCGACACCAUUCAAUAUAAACUGACUAGGAACUUUUAAUUUAUUUUCACGAAGGUGCGAAAACGGCGGGACGUGCGUGGACGGCGUUGACGGUUAUACGUGCACGUGCCCGAAAGGCCUGACGGGCCAUUCGUGCGAGUGCGCGUACCUCGACGAACGUACGGCCAACUGCACGGGUGUCAUAACGCCGUACUACACGGAUAGCGCCGACGGCGAUAGUGACGACGACAGCGGCGGUAUCAUCACCACCACGGAAGAGCGUCCGACCACAGUAUCCGUGGAAGGGCACUCGGUUGUUGUGUCCACGCCGGACUGGCCGGACGCCGGGACCGGUGGUUGGACGGACAAAGAGUACUCACCACCGCCGCCGCCGCCGACGCCGCCGUCGGACACAGCGUCCGAGAGCUCAUCGAGCCCGGCGUAUACGCUAGCCACGGAUCCGGCGCCGAAAACGACGGUCAUGGCCGCGACGUUUGGCCACACCGAUGAACUAGAAGAUAACACAGACGCCAGCACCCAUGACCGAGAAGACGCCGAACCUGGGACGAUUGUCGACAUUGAAGUCACGUACGACACGACCGCCGGGUGGACGCGUCCCGCGGUAUCUGGCACGUCCGAAAUCCCGGACUACGCCGGCGUUGGCGACGAGAACACGAGCACCACUCGCAGGUCGACCGUCACGGCGAGCUCGACGAAAACCGAUAAAACGGAAACGGCUUCCUCCUUGACGUCGUUGUGGUCGAAAACGACUCAUCUGCAGACUUCGACGGCCCCAGCCUCGAGAGCAACAACGAUAAAUUACCGGCAUUCGAUCGCCACCGAACAGGACGUUGCGUUCACAACUUUUUACGACGAAAUGUCCACCGACUUUGAAUACAAUUUGACGAGCUUCGCCGUCCCGGUGACAGAACCCUUCCCGAGUGCCAUGGACAAGAGUUGCGCCAACGUGCUGUGCCUGAACGGCGGCUCGUGCGAAAAAUCAAAAACUGGACACAAGGCGAGUACACAUAAUCAUUAUAAGAAUACCGAAUUAACUAUUGCCGAUCGUCUUUUUAUUUGAUUUUUUUUUUUUUUUUUAGUGCAAAUGUUCGUUCGGGUGGAAAGGUGAAGUUUGUAACGAAAGAAUCACCAUUAAAGUGUCGGCGUUUACGGGACAGUCGUUUCUCAGCCACAGACUUUCGAACCGCUCUGGUGCCGAGAUAUCGAUGGAAAUUCGAACUCUGGCACCCAACGGUAUCCUAUUCUAUGCACAAGUCACUACGCACAUGUACAUGUGUCUUUACUUACAGGUAGGUACGCAUUAUAAAUGCAUAGGUACCUGGUUAUAUGUAAUAUAACCAGUAGUUAAAGUGUGACAAACUUCGACAAUUUAAGGACGUUCCCUUAACUAAACCUAACCAAACCUCAAGGAAAAUUUAAAUUAUUAUUAUUAAAAUGUUUAAUGGCUUAUAAUAAUUGCUUAACAAUAAUUAGUUUUAUUGAAAAUAGUAUAAUAAAAUGUUUGCUCAUUUUAUUAUCAUUUGCAUCCUACAAUAUAGAUAGUCUUAUAGUAAUAAUAAUUUUUACUUUCAUAGUUUUAUUAUUAUUAUUAUUUAUUUAAAUAGUUUGGUUUUUGCGUGCAAGUGUUUGCAUAUUAGGUUUUAGUCACUAGGUUUUUAGAUAUAGGUUUUCUGAGAAAAAUAGACUUGUUUAAAAUUGUUGACAUUUGUAAUAAUUAUUCCAGUUCACAUUACUUUACACAUAAUUUCCACAUUUGAACCAUUUAACUAACCAUUUUGCAUACUUUUAAAUUAAUAUGCUUAACGUUUCAUCAGAAUUUACUUAGUCAAUUCCUAAAACAGAAAAUAAUGUUAAAACCAGAUUUUAAUGACAUAAUGAAUAAUUUAACCUAAAUCUAGAAGCUUUUCCUGAUACUUUGGAAAUUCUUCAAAUUAUUUUAACUUUUUUAACUAUUCCAAGGUUCUUUUUUUCGCUGAAAAGAAUGAAAUCUUACCUUAAGACAAUCAUAAGUGACGAACGUUUAUGAAAUUUCGUGAUGCUUAAAAAGAAAAAUAAUACAGCGUUAAAAGUGAUUUAAAUUAAGCAUUUAAUCAAAUAAAAGUUUGCAGAUACAAACCUACUUAAUGAACAAAAGUUAAAAACUAACAGUUUACAGUUGUAACAUUUUCAAAUAUAUUUUAUACUCAGUUAAAUAUAUUUGCUACCUAGGUGCUUUUUACGAUUUGUUUGAUUUCUCCCCUUAAUUAUCAUCUUUAACUAUUGAAGACAGUUUCAUACUAAUCAUAUAAUAUUUGUAUACUAAUUAAAACACUUAAAUAUCACGUAUAUUAGAUUCGGAUCGUAGUGAGGGAUCUAUUGGUUUUACUAUGAUGUGUAUUUUCUAUUUUCUAUUUUCUAUUUAAAUUAUGUUUUAUUAAUUACAGGACGGUCUGUUAAAAUUCCAAUUCUCCUGUGGAGUGCAAACAAUGUUGUUCAGCGAAACCAGAUACCGGGUGAACACAGGCCACCGUCUGUUGCUGACAGCUGCGUAAGUUAAUAACACUUUAUUAUCCGUGUUAAUGGUUGAAACACAAAUGAGCAUAAAAGGCCUUUAAUACGACACAGUUGACCAUUUUUUCAGCGUAUGAAAGGAAUAAGUAUAUGAAUAAUUCAAAAGAAACCCUUAACGAUCGAGCAUAAAAAUACUGUCACGACCAUUUGCCAUGUUAAAAAAUAAUGUUGGUUAUCAUAAAGUACCUCACUUUUCUCUCCACUUUAUCCAAUCAUACUUAACCGCAUGUUUAAAAUCCUUGUCAAAGUACCGUUCUUUUGUACAGAAGAUCCUAGGUAUGAACUUAAAACUUCCAACCUCGCUGUCUUUGCUUAUUAUGUCACCGUCUAUUGUCACUAGCUCUCUUGUCCUAUCAACCUUUUAUUCUGUUUCUCCAAACGUAUACUCUAUAUUAUACUCUGUUUUAGUUCUACUUAUACUUGUAGUCCCUUCCUUUAAGUGCUACUUUGUCUCACUUCUAAUUCUCUUUUCCAUAAUUUUUUUUUCGAAAUGUUGAUACUGUUACUCUAUAAUUUACACACCCUUUUAUUUAAAUAUAGGUAUUACAAAACUAUUCCUCCACUUGGCGUUUUCCCUUCUACUAACAUUUUAUUUGAAAAAUUGUUUAACUAGCCUUAGCCUAACUCUCCCAAUAUUUUCUACACUUCCAUAGUAUUUCUCAUCGAAUGAUUUCGGAGUUUUUUUUUUCAAAAAUUUCGUCUAAAUUACCACAUAGAUCAUAACACUUAUUAAAUACUAAAUGUACGAGGUCGUCUCAGGACAUAGGGUCUUAUGGUAUUUCGGGUAAUAUAUGUAUAUGAUUGCGCACCUAAUAAUUUAUUGUUUUCCCGUUCAGUUUGGACCACGCUAUGUCCCACUCCAUGUCAGAACAUUGCAAAGCGUCACUUAGGGUUAAUGAAACGUUGGCCAUGAGUGGCGAACAAGCAGCAGCGGACGGCUCGUCGGAAACCGUGAAAAAAGUGGCGCUUUUAUAUUUGGGUGGAAUACCGUCCGGUCAAAACGCUACGGCCGAACUGCCGGUCACGGUAGGGAUCACCGGUUGCAUAUCGCGUCUACAGGUGAGUACUGAUUGGACGAGUAUAUUCAAAUAACUGCGUGUACAUACCAAGUGGUACGCCUUGAAAUCCGGAAGAUGUAAUAAAUAUUAUUCCUGAAUAAAUCGUAUAAUAGUCUUAUCAUUACCUACAAUAUGGAAAUUUAAAAAUCGUGUAUCUAUGAAAUUAAUUUUUAAUUAAUAAAUCAAGAUUUCCUUGUAGCUCGGCUAAAAUAUAAACAUUUUAAGAUUGCGUUUCUAGAUAAACACUUAUAAGUUAUAGUUAUUGUAUUAAAAAUCCAAUGGGGGAAAUAUGAGUACGUGACCCCUAACCACCCUAUGCAUGCAAUUAACUAGUACACAUAUCAUAAUAUACACAGUACACAUUGUGAAAAUAAUAUCUAACAUACCUCUCUACUUUUAAACGUUUCACAGAUCGACGAAGUGGUUCACAAUGUAUACGAAAACGCUACCGACGGACACGGCGUGAUCGAGUGUGCUUCGCUCACGUGCUUAUCGAGUCCCUGUCAAAGUUACGCUACGUGCGUGGAGUUUGGUGAUUCGUGGAACUGCCUCUGUCCUUCUGGGUAAGCAUAUCGCCUAAUAUUUUAUUGUGGUGUGGUGACAAUGCAACUAUCCAACUAGUGCCAUUUUUAUUUUUUUCCAGAAACGGUGAUUUUCUGUUGUAAUAGCUCAUCAGAACAUAUAGCAUAUUGUCCUAUUUAUUUCAUCAAAUAAUAAAAUAAUAAACAAUUAAGAUUGAAUAGACAAUAAUGCAUUAAUUGCACUUAGAAAUAUUACGUAAAGCACGAUUCCGUACGUUUUACCUUUUGGGAACAUAAUUCCGUUCGAUUUUGAUCAAACAAUGAAUUUUCCGAAUGACCUCAAUUUGUUUAAUUUUCUUAAAUAAUACGUUAUAAAAAAAUUUGAUGAACUAGAAAAAGUCAAAGUUAAAUUUAAAAAGAAAGAUAUUUAUGGAGAUUAAAUAAUACAAGUGAUUGUUCUGUUUCCGAAAUAAUAAACUCACUUUGUUUUCCAUAUUAACUAAUUAGAAAUUUGACUUCUAUGACACGCCGCAUUUUACACAAAAUUACGUGGUUAUGGCGCCAUGGUACAAUGUAUAACGUAUUACGGGGAUAAUAUUAAAAUUGGAUAUCUUACCUUAUGAUACAAUAAAAACUUAUAUGAUGUAUAACGAUUUUAAAUCGCUGUUGUACAUUAUAUAAAUGUUACUAUAAUAUAGUUAGGAAUUAUCUACGUAAAACACUACAACUAAGUCAAAUAGUCAAACACCUAUACGUGCACUAAAAUCUUAGGUAAAAACCGUGCGGAAUCGUGUCCUACCCUAAAUUUGAACAUUUAGCUUCAAUCUGGUAAUCUGUACGUUUUGUAAAAAAAUGUUAAAACUGUGUCUUUUAAUUAAUUUAUAACACAUUUAGUUUAUACUAAAUAUCAUAGGAAAUAGUAUAGGGAAUGCACUAUUCGAUGCGAUUAGGAAAUAAUUCAUUUUUUCAUGAGUGAAAAUAACUUCAUAAGUGAAGAUGAAAAUAACUAUUGCAUUUUUCAGAUAUCAUAUAACUUUAGGAUUAAUUCAACACGGGAAAUAGUAGGUACUAAACGUACCGUUUAGGCGAAAUCUAACCACGUCAUUUUAUUCCCCGCCAGUUCUACAUUAUGUGUUUAAUAAUGUUGACAGUAAUAUUUGUUUCACAUUGUCAAUUACGACGUACCUCAACAGAUUAUAAGUGUGAUAAAAAAGCGAAAUUUAAUAAUAAAUACCAUUAGAUACCUGUGUAUAGUAAAGUAAUAAUAUUCUAAAGUGGUUUUACGGGAUAAUAUAGGUAUAUAUUUUAUGUAUAUAUAUUUGUUUAAUGUUAAUCUCAAUAACUACGUCUUGAACGGUUUUUAAGGUUCGUCGGAAAAAACUGUGAACGGUCUGUGUGUGAAAAUAACCCGUGCAAAUUCGGCGCCACAUGCGUAAUCUAUCCCGGAAGCGGAUUCAUUUGUUUGUGCCCUCUCGGGAAACACGGAAUGUACUGCGAGCACGGUAAUUAUAUUACGUAUUAUUACGACAUUAUUUCUGGGAAAAUAUAAAAAAAAAAUCCAGAUACCGCUGAUUGGUGUGCCACUGAUUUGGGUGGGCGGUUGGGAGAAAAUACAGUGUGAUCAAUCCUCGUAAAGUACUCAUUAUUAUCAUUUGUACUCCACCCAAACUUAAAAGUAAAAUAUAUUUUCAGAGGGUUGACGGAAAUUAAAAAUUCUAACAGCAAAAUGUAUUUAAACUAAAACUUUAUCUAUUUAUGCAAUUUUUAAUAGAUGCUUUUUGAAAAUCAAAAGUGGUUAACAGGUAUACAGUUUUCAAUCCCAACAAUAAGAAUGGCAAAAAAUAACGGUUAUGUACGUUUCAAAACUACUUAUUCUUUAAAUUGCUUAAAAAAAAAAAAUUAAUAGUUUCUGUGAUAAUGAGUGUCUUUUCAACAAUUGAUUUAUCUGUAGUUAAUGUGAAUAAUUUAAUUUAUAUUUGUACGCAAUAGUAAAGGAUUGUUAUCGAGAAACGAUUCUGAGUAGAAUAACAUUAGUUGUAUUUUAGAUUCUAAAUGGAGCGAUGAAGCUUAUAAUUUUAAAAAAAUGUUUAUUUAUUUACUUUUAUUUCUGUAAACAACUUUUCUACCAGAAAUCCUACUAGGAUUUAUAAUAAUAGUAUUUUUUUCUAAAAGUAAGUAGCCUGGGGAGGUACUUAAAUAAGGUGAUUUUUUGAUUUUCCCAGAAGUUUUCCCAACAAAUGUGAAAAACCAAAAAAAAAAUUGAGUAAAAAUAGGAAAAUUUACGAAAUAUUAAAGGUAUUAGUAAAAAAAUAUUACGGCCUUUUUUUUAUAUUGACAUGUAUGACAAAGCAACACUAUCAAUUGAACUCCGAUCAGAAUAGUUCUUUUGUAAUCAAUUGUUUAUCAUUGCAUAUAUUAAAUUUCCCCUCUACUACCUUCCCAACUUCUCACCUACAACAGUGGCUGCACCCACGUGCAAAGUUGUCCAGCUUAUAUUUCUUAUUGCCAAGAUAACCUAGAAAUCAACAAAUAAUUGCCAACUGCAGAGAAAAUCAAAAAUAACCUUAUCAAUAUGUACAGCUAAACCAAAACUUCUAUACCAAAGUUCCUAUACAAUUUUUAAUCGGAGAAAAAUGUCUGGUAGAAAAAUAACAAAAAAAAUGACUACCAUCAACUAAAACUGAUUAACUAUGAUAAAUCUCGUAUUGAAUCAUUAAACAUUUUGAGUUGCCCAAAAUAUUAUAUUUACAUAAAUCGAAAGAAUUUGUUUUCAUCAUUUUUACCCAGUUAUUUUUACGAUUUUUGUCAACAUUUGAAUGGUAAAUGUGUAUAUAUAAAAAAAAAACUGCUAGGUAUAUUGCACUCAAAAUAGUAUUUAUUUUUUUACCAUAAAGUACAAAUUAUGAUAAAUCCCGAACAAAAUGUUCAAACGUGUCCACUGGACCAAAAUACUUUUAUCUACAUAAAACCGAUUACCGAAUUGAAAAAAUGUCAAAUGGUUAUAAUAUUAUAAUUAAAAUAUCGACAGAUUAAUUUGAAAAUGUUGCCUUAUUUUACCUAGGCAUUAUUCGUUUUUAUAUAACAAUUGGAUAUUAUACAAUUGUUUUCAUUCAAAUACCAAACACACUUUUUCUCUUUCAGAUAUUUUUCCGAUUCCCGGAUCUUUUUAAUAUUUCCCUUUCUUUAUAGAAUGAUAAUCAUUCGUGAAAGCAAUAAUAUUUAUAUUAGACCGUAUUCAUCCAUAGACCUAGAGAUCGGUGAACCAUUUUUCCCGGGCAGCGUAAGCGGGCUCUCGUCGUUCGCCUCGUAUUCCAUACCGGCCGAAAUCCAUCAAAGUUUCCAACUGUCUAUGCAUUUCGUGCCGAAUUUUAUGGACCAGAUCGCGCUGAUGAUGUACAUUGGGCACGACGCUUCCACCGAUCACGUGGCCCUGAGUUUCAUCAAGGGAUACAUAGUGUUGACGUGGAACCUCGGAGCCGGCGCCAGGAGGAUUUUCACGCCCAAACCGAUAAAUUUCCAACCGAAAAGGCCACACGUCGUGAAAUUUGGCCGUGACGGCAAGACUGCGUGGCUCGCGGUAGACAACUUCCCGAACGUCACCGGUCAAUCGGUCGGCCGCCUUUCUCAGCUCAAUACCAAACCCGUUCUAUACUUAGGUCGGUAACUAUACUACUAUAAUUAACAACGUAUGUUCGUUUUCGAACAAUUAAAAUAUUCAUUUUUUAUUUUUAUUUAUUUUUAUGGUUUGCGUUUUACCGUAUAGGCGGCCACGAGUCUCCGGGUAUGGCCGACUUACCCCACGAUUUGCCGCUGCACACCGGGUUCGUGGGCUGCAUGAGUUCGGUGAAGCUGAAGGCCGGCCACGUGACGGUCCCGCUGAGCCUAUCGCGUGCGUAUUCCACGGUGAACACCGGAAGGUCUGUGUCCCAAUGUUCGACCAACGAAUGCUACCGGAACAACAUAUGCCAGCACAACGGCGCGUGCAUCCAGCACGGCUCUUCGCUGGCGUAAGUCUUGCUGUCGUUCGUGCUCAAACGGCGCGAAAUAGGACCGUAUGCGUUAUUAUAUACCAUAGAUGUGACAAAUUUUUAAAAACAAACGAAAUCGGAACUUUGAAAAUUCUACUAAAGUAUACCCAUCCUUUUGAAUACCAUCAGAUACUCCGCGCCGAUCUUUUCGUUAUUGUUAAUGUUAUAUAGUAUAGAUUUUCUUUUUUUGUUUACGGCGACAGGUGCGUGUGCGACGAUGGCUGGUUCGGGCCGGUGUGCUCGCACCGGUACAACGCGUGCGACGCGAACCGGCACAACUGUUCGGACGGGUCGACCUGUGUGCCGGUCGGUGCCGGAUACGAGUGCGAUUGUCCAGCUGGCCGCGCCGGCAAACAUUGCGACAGGGACGAGCGGCUGUCCGACGUCAGAUUCCUAGGCAAACGUUCGUUUCUGUCCGUGGCCACGGCGGAAUUGAACACGCAACAGUUCAGCGUCGAGCUCGAGAUUAAGCCGUCCGAGGAACACGGCGUCGUGUUCUACGUCAAGCACGACGUUGCGCGCAAGAAGUUCCUGUGCCUGUCGCUGUAUGGCGGCGUGCUCGAGCUCAGGAUUUCUGUUCAAGGUGUAUAAUAGGCAACAAUACCAUAAUAGUAUUGAUAAAAUAAUGAUUUAGUGGUUGAUAAAUGAUGAUCGAAGGAGAAACACGAUGAUAUUAUUAGACAAUAAUAAUUAUUAUUAUAUGUAAAUUAUUGACCGCGUGUAGAUGCGGAGGCUGCCGUAGGUAAAAGGUAAGCCAAAGAAAAAGCGGUUAGAGAUUUUAAGAGGUGAUGUGUGGGUAUGUUGAAUAAACGAAAGAAUGACGAUGGAUAGGGUGAUGUAGAUGGUGAGCAGGUAAGUGGGAAUAAAGGUGCAGAUGUGAGAGGAGCGUAAUCGAUGUAUGAUAGUUUAUAUGAUAUAAACUGGACCCUGAUAUGAAUUAUUAAAACUUGUAGACAGUAGCGGAUAUAUCCUAGUUCUGAGGGGAGGGGCGGUUUUCAAAUCCACAGAGGUUAUGAGGUUUAUUCCCUCCGGUGAUUAUUUCAGACUUUCUCAUAGAAGGAGGGGGAUUAUCGUAAUUUCCAAAAUGUCCUAUAAAAAUUCUUAAGUAUUAAGUUGUAGAUAAUAAUAUAUAAUGGUGACAAUAAUCCCGAGAGGGAAGGGGGCGAUCCACCAACCUCGAUAUCCGUCACUGCUUUUAGAUGAUGAUAUUUUCAAGACAAUCUAGUCGGCGUUUUUGAAAUAUUAAGUAUUAACAAAGUUACAAGUGUUUAUAUAAAAAAAAAAAAUACAAUUUACGAUGCACACAUGUAUUUUGUACUUUUGAUAAAUAUUUAAAGAACAUUGUAAAUCUUUGUCGAUGAGGUUGCCUUCAAAUAUUGUUGUCACCUAAUCAUUUUAUGCAUUGUUGCAAAUUUUCCUUGUAGAAAGACAGGUACGGAAAACGCCGCUAUGACGACUUAUAAUGUCAAUUUUAAACAUAACCGAAUAUUUAUAAAACUUUUCUAUAGUGGGUGAAACGCGACGUCAAGACGACGUUCUAGUGGUCCGUAGCGGUCGAGUGUUGACACUGUCGGAAUGGCAUAGCAUACGAGUGGGCAGGUACCGCCGAAAACUUUACCUGUGGGUGGACGGAAUGAUCAACUACGCUGUUUUGCAGCCGUCUGAAGGAAUUUCGGCCUUUGAAAAUCUCAUAUACUUUGGUAAGUCUACGCAAUUUCAUAAUGGCGUGAAGGUUAUUUUAUAUUAUGAAGCAGACGCACUAAAAUAACCAAAGACCUCAUACAACCUAAGUCUAGAAGAAUCAACAGCCGUAACUAGUAUUGUGUUUAUCUAAAUAGGUACAUUUUUACAUUUUAUCUGAUCUGUUUAGAUGAGAAAUAAUUUAUCUGAUUUUAUAACUAAGAUAAAUAAUUGAAUUAUAUAGAUAAAUCGUUUAAACCGUCAUUUAAAAAUUUAUAAAAAUAAUAGGUACAAUAUUAUGAAUUAUAACGGUAUAAUGAAUAAAUUAUUAAGAUACAUCUGUCAUAGUGUCACACAACUAUUUUUAAAUCUAGAUGUAUACCAAAUCUGAUACAAUUUUAAUAGUUUUAGCACUUUGGUUUUUUGAUAAGUAAAAUUAACAAAAUUAUAUUUUUUUUUUGUCUAGAUAAAAAAUGUGCUUGUUAAUAAUUAUCCUUACAGACCUAUCUAAUAAUAGUUAAAUUGUUCUAUAUAUUUUAUACUCAUUUAGAUAAUAUUAUUUUUUUAUCUUUAUCUACAUAUUUUAAAAUGUAUCAUUCUACUUACAACACUGGUUGUAACUAAGGCUACUAAAGGCUACCACCCCGAUUACACGACUCUACAUUUUUUUUUUUUUACCACUAUACUUACAACUUAUAAUGAACCUCCUAUUAACUUACCUAUUAACUCCUAUUAACUGGUUUGAAAAGACAAUUAUUCAAAUUUUCAAAAAAAUCAUAGAAAAUAAAAGACCAACAAAUGACUUUAACAAAAGUUUCAACCACCAAAAAAUUGUCUACAACUCUAUUUUACAAAAUGGCUAAUUAGAAUUUUUUUUUUAAAAAAUUAUACUAAAAUUCUAUAUUUUUUAUUUUAAGUCUCCAUUCCCCUAACAAAAAAAAUGUCCAUGUAUAAACUGUAGCGCAGAGGCAUAUAAUUAUUAAAAAAAAAAAUGUAUCAAAAAUAUUGACUAGAACAAAAAUUAUUGCAUUCUCGAAUCCUCGUGAGACACCUUGCAUAUUAAUAUUAUUUGCGAUUCUUGUAUGCACGAAAAAUGUAGGUGGUCUACCGGAUCUGUCACGUAUGCCACCCGGAUCCACUGCCGGACUUCCGGUGUCAUUUACCGGUUGUAUCCGCAGGCUGUCGAUCGAUUACGACACGAUACCGUUAAACUUUUCGUCGAUCACUGUCGGCCGGAACAUAGCUGACUGCGAUGGGACCCCGUGUGGUGGUGAUCUUUGCCACCACGGUGGCAGUUGUUGGUUAGAUAUGGACAUGAGGCCACACUGCCACUGUCUUCAGGUGAGUACGUACCUAUAUAUAAUAAUAACCGUACCCGGGGGCGACGCCAGUUAUUGCGAGGCCUUUGACAAAAUACUUGAGAAAUACCCUUUGAAAUGUAUAAUUUAUCUUACUGGAGACAUCAUUAAGUAGAUAUCUAUUUACCAACAGCGGAUCUGAAGCAAAUUUAAAGGUAUGGGAUGUAAACUAACAAACAAAUUCCGGCGGUUAUUAUUUUCAUUACAUCGUUUGUUUAUCUGCUCUAAAAACUUGUACAUUAUUUGCGCACCAACGGCAGUAAAUCAUAAGCGCACCAACAAACCGAAUAAAUGAUUAAAAAAAAAAAGUAAAAUUCUCUGUGUUUCAGUUUUUCUUUACUAUACACAAAUAUUUUUGAAAAAUGACAGCAGCUUUUCCACGAUUUGAAUUGAUAAAUUUUAAAUGACUCAUAUUGACAAACUAAAAUGAAAUAAAAUGUAUCCAUUUUUUUUUGUCUAUGAACAACUUACCUAUUAAAAUCAAUUAAUAUUUAGUAAACAAAUAGGUACGCAACAAAUAUAAUUGUCGAAUAGUUUUUAUUUAAUUUCUAAAUAUUGAUAUGAACAAAGUUCUAAAAAUAUAACACUUUUGUUUUUUGUUAUUUUAAAUAAUCUAUUAUUUCUGUUUAACUAUACAUAUGUAAAAAACUGUAUUAAUUUUGUCGUCAAGGAGUUUACCGGAAACUCGUGCAACAAGCUAGUACCUUGCACCGAAUUCAAGUGCCAAAAUAAAGGACACUGUGUGAGUGAAAACUUUGGAAACACGUCGUUCGUAUGCAAAUGCCCGUCCGGAUGGGACGGCCCGUUUUGCACGAAAGGUAUGUUAGAAAUCAAAAAAUUAUUCUAAUGUACGAAUUAACAAUCAACAUUUAAAAAGACGGACAUACUUCAUACGAUGGUUGCUAUUUUUAGUGAAAUGUUGGAAAUGUAGGAUUUAGAGGGGAAAUUAAUUUGUACUUGUAAGCAACGAUAAACCAUUGCUAUCUAAAAACAAUUCUGAGCGGAGUUCAGUUGAUAGUGAUGCUUUGUCAACAAUAUAUAUUUGUUGAACAAAUUGUUUCGUGGUUCCGUAGCCAAACUGUUCUCUAUCAUACCUAAUUAUUACCUAUGUAAUACUAUACUAUCCUAACCUUCAUUGUAUUGUAAUCUUGUCAUAUAAAUGUAAAGUGUGCUUUAAUACAUUUUUAUUGCAAAGUUUAUAAAGCCUUUGGUCUUAGUAAAAAUCCAACAAUAUUAUGGUAAAAUAAUUAAAUACAUUUUCUUUAAUAAUAUUUGUACCGUUUUUCCCUUUUAUAUUAGGAAAACUGCGGGGAAAAUUUAAAAAUUACCUCCUUAAAGUACCACCCCAAGCAUAUUUCCUUUCAAAAAAAAGUCUAUAUCGUAUACAUCGGAGUAAGCUUUCUGGUAGAAAGUGUUCACAUAAAAAAAUAAACAUCUUUGUAAAACCAAUACAUUCUUCACUUAAAAUUUAAAACAGAUAUUAAUACCUAACUCAAAAAUCAUCUGAAUGUUUUGUGAGUCAUAACACGUGUAUAUGCCUAUAAAAUAUAAAGUUCUAAUAACUGCUGAUACCUAUAUGUAAAUAUAAGAGUUCGAUAAAUAUCGCAAGUGUAAUACUUCAGAAGUACCUAUUAUGUUUUCUUCGAAUGACUACAAAAUCGAAACUAACAUGGGUUAUAGUAUACUUACAUAUUUCUGUUGUAUCCUCAAUAUUAAAAAAAAGUCCAAGGGAAAUAGAAAAAUGACCUCUCAAAUGGCUCACCAACUAGACCUAAUUUACUACCAGAAACCACUGCCAAAAUUUAAAAAAAUCAUUGAAGUCUCGAAAAUUUCGGCUUCGAAAUUCUUCUCUAAAACAAAAACAUAAACAAAUAUCCGAAGUCAUACAAUGGUUUUUAGAUUCUAAGCGCAACCAGGAAUGUAUUAUUUUUAUUAUGAUGUUUUUUUUUACCAGAACCUUGAUCCGAUUUUCUAAAAUAGCAUUUUUUCUUAAAAAUAAUUGUGACUAGUUUGUGAACUGGGAGAUCAUUCCCUGAUUUUCUAUGUAUUUUUUCUAAUAAUUAGAACAUUGCGGGAAAAAUGAAAGAAAAAGGAAAUUUAAGGAUUUCAUGUUUUUCGGUUUUCAAGUAAUUUCAUUAAAAAUAAUUGGCUUGAAAUCAUCAUACAACACUUAUAUUAGCUAUUUCUUAUCGUGGUAAAAUUUUUAAAACAUUUUGGAAAUUUUUGAGCAAUUUAUAAGCGUUUUAGAUUUUUUGAAUUUGUUUUUAGUUUUUAUUAAUUUUAUGUGAAAUUAAUUGUUUUGGUCAAACAGAAAUGUUUGAAAAUUUGACAUAAAAUUCAUCAUAAGUUGAACCUGGUAGUUCAAAAAAAAAAAAAUGAUGACAAAAAUCUUAGAAAUCGCGACGUUUAAAAAGAUGUUUAAUCAAACUUCGCUCAGAAUCAUAUUUCAUUAGCAAUGGUUUAUCUUUACGUCUUACGUGAACUUGUAGAGUAAAUAUUUUUUUCUUACACGCAUCGUGAAUGUACCUACAGUAAUCAAACUACUAAAUCCUAUUCACUGUAACUCACUGUGUAAAAUCUUACACGGGUCUUUCUUAACUUUACGUUUUAAUUAAUAACUUACUUUUUGUUAAGUUAAAACUAUUUACAUAAUCUUUUUCACAGUCGUGAUUUAAAUUACUUAAAAUAAGAUUUACAAAUCAUGCGUUUUAUACAUGCUCAUCGCUGAUUAUAUCAUUAUAUUUACAUGUAUUGAAAUUAUGGCCAUAAGUUAUUUAUAGGUAAUUAUUUAAAUUUUUAUUGCACAUUGUACUAAUUUCCAUUUUGCAUCAUUGCAUUUUUGAUUAUUUAUAAUUUAUUCUGCAUGAACUGGAUACAAAAUGCUACAAAACUCUCAUAAUUUUUUGAUUUUUUUUUUUUUUGUUGAUCAACAGCAAUGGUCUCUUGUCGUUUUUUUUAUUUCUGGUAGAAAACAUAAAGCGUAAAAAUGUUAAAUAAUGAAAUCGUACAUUUUGUAGGUUUUCAUUUUACGUUGUUUCCCUGUUCUUCUUAAUUUAUUAUAAAAACUAUUUGGAAAAUUCUAAAAUACUUCAUACUUCAUACUUACCAAAUAAAUUAAAAAUUCAACAAAAAGAUUUCUUUUUGUUAUUUUAUUAUAGCAAUAUUUCUGGUAUUAAUAUUAUAUUUUUGGUUUUUCCCAAUUAUAAACACUACUUAGAAAAUCAAAAAAUGACUAUCUUUGUGAGCAACUAGAUCAAAAAUGCAAGCAAAAAAGGUCCGUUCUUUUUUAAUUGAAGCAAGAUUUCUAGGAGAAAACAUAGGUUACAAAAAUGUAAAAUCAUGAAAUCACUAAGGACGAAAAUAUUUGUCCAUUUAUGCCUGUUUUUCCAGGUUUUUCGACUAUAAAGGUUGCCGAACACUGGUUUAGAGUUAGUUAAAGUGGGAUUAUUUUCUAUAGUAUUUAGUUUCUAGUUGCUAGUAACAAUAAUACAUAUUAUUGUUACUAGCUGUUUUGUACAGAAAAAACCGUCUAUAUAUAUAUGUGUGUGUACAAUGUACCUAAGUACUACAUUUAUAUCAAAUAGUUUUUGCUCCAGCAGUCCAUCAGAAAUUUUCCGUCUAUUAAAACGUUUACAAAUCAUGUUCAAUAAGUAAUCAUAUUUUAAUAGAUUAAACAAUUAUUUCUAGAACUUCCAACUGGACCACCGCUGUUCAAAGGACAUGGGUAUUUAGUUCUUAGUAAACUUUCAUCACUUACUAAACGAGAAGGCAACAAUAAAGUCAGCGUAGAUAAUGAGACACAAUUUAUCAGUUUAAAUUUUUCAACAACAUAUAAUAAUGGAUUGCUUAUGUGGACAUCUCAGGUUAGUGUCAAAAAUUACAAACUAGAUUACCUCAGAGUACCUAUUGAUUAGUAACAUUACAUAUAUUGAUUUGUUCUUUAAAGGAAGAGUGGUACAUUGGCUUAGGAAUUAUAAAUGGAUUAUUAACAUUAACAUGGGCCCACAAAUACCAAAAACCCAUCAAACUGACAGCGCCAGUUUCUAAUAUAACAAAUAGUGAAUGGCAUAUGGUCAGAUUAAAUGUCACAAAAUCAGAUGUAACAUUAGAAUUAGACAAUUGGAUAUCCAAUCCAUACCAUCACAAUAUAGAGUCAUUUAAUUUGAAUGAUAACAUUAUUUAUUUAGGUAGUAUAAAAUAUGGAAAAAUAAUGCUAAUUUAUUUAUGAUAAUAUUUUUUACAGGAGGUGUUCCAGAAGAAAAAUAUUUCUCAUAUGAUAAACCAGAUUUAUUUCAAGGCAAUUUUCAAGGGUGUAUUCAACAACUAACUGUUCAAGAAAACGUUAUAACUGAUUUCAAACACUAUGAAAGUGUAAAUGUAGAUGAAUGUAAUAUGUGGUGAAACUGUUAGUAAAAUUAAUGUGAGCAAAAUAAUCAAUUCUAACAAUUUUAACAAUUCUAAGGAAUUAAAAUUAAUCAACCAAUCAAUGUACUCGAGUCUAUUAUUAAUAUUUAACAAUUAUUAUACAAAUUUAAAUAUCUCUUCAUAUUAUACUCAACUGUGAUUUCUGAUGGGGCGCCAGUCAAUAGUUAUUUUCCUUAAAAUGUUUUUGGAAAAGCAAUUACUUCACAGUACUGUUUAUUGCACAAAAUUGAAAAAAAUCUAAUAAUACCUUUAUCAUUAUAACAUAUUAGAUUUGAUAUUAUAUUAUUUUGUAACAAUUAUAAAUUAUUUAUUAUUAUGAAUAUUUUUUUUACCUAAAGCUACCUAUAUCACUAUACAAUGAACAACCUUCUUUCGAUGCUUCAACUAAAUGAGUCAUAGCUUCUAUACAUGUUUUUACUAUAGACUCAAUUAUUUAGGACUAAAUCGUAUUGAUAAUCUUCAAUCUAAAAAGGUUAUUCAAAUAACAGUGAUUUGGAUAUCAAUCAAUUAUAAUAUAAGUAGAGUAAUACUUUACUUUUAAUAUUUAAAUUUACAGUAAAAAUCUAUGCCUAAUGCCUUAUUUAUAAUAUUUUCCAGAGGUCACUCUUAUUUCAUAUACCAUAAACAUAUACCAACUUUUGAUAUUUAAAUAUCAACAAUUCAUAAUCACUAUUUUAUUUCUCUAAGUUCUUGAUCACAAGGUCAUACAGUGAAGAAUAAUUAUUACACAAUCGAUACAUUAUCCUGGAACUAGCUAAAGCUUGUUUUUGGUCCAUAAUUUGUAUAGCUUGUUGAAAAUCUUCUAUAUGGGAAUAUUUCAAAGCCUAAAACUUAAAAAACCAGUUAUAAAAUAUUUUUUGAAAUAGGUAAGCUAAUGCAUAUUAUACAACUAAAUAAAAUCACUAUAUGUAAUACUAUAGUCCGGCCAAGAAAGGAACGCUACUGAGCAGCAAACAAAACUUAUCCAUUCUUGCACAUUCCUAUGUGAGUAGAUAUGAGUGGGAGAAAUCCGGGCACAAAACCUCAGAGUUCGUUCAUUUAGACAUAUCAAGGAGUAGCAUUAUUUUUAUUAUUAAAUAUAUUCUUAUUAAAAAAAACAUAAAUUUAAUAGUAUCAUAAUAUUGUUAAACAAUUAAAUGCAGACAAUAUAUGAUUUUAAAAUGAACAAUUACAACAAAUGUACAGUUUUACUUUGUUAAAAAUACAAAGAAGUAAUAAUGCAGAUUGGUGUACCUUUGUUGUAGGUAUAGGAAGUUGGAAAGGUAGAAUACAUGAUUAUUGUAUUUUUAUAUGUAUAAAUUGAACAAAAAAUUGAUGUGGAAAUAUGAUUCUGAGCAAAGUUUGGUUAAAGAUGUUUUUAAAUGGAGUAAUAUUUAUGAUUUUUUUUCAAUAUUUUACUUUUAACAUUUAUAAAAAAAAAUUUCAUUAAACUUAAAUUUUUUGUUCCACUAAGUACAGCUUAAAAUAAACCUUGUGUUAAAUUUUUAAGCACUUCUGUUUAAGCCAGAUAAUUUUAUGAACACACAACCAAAUAAAAUAAAUAACACGAACAAGGGUACAAAUAUGUAAAAUUUUUAGGUCUACAACUAUUUUUAACCAAAUUACAAAAAAAAAAAUAUUUUCUAGCAAAAGAGUAUUUAGCAGGAGAAAAAAACACAGAUCUAAGUAAAGUUGAUAGCUUCUUUGUACCACUCAGAAUCUUAAAUAUUAAAACAUCCAUCUUUGUAAAUAAUCCUUAUAAUUUUGGAUUAAUAAUUUACAAAUUCUCUAUGGUAGAUAUUAGCAACUCAAACCAGUACCCCACAUUAAGACUAAUAGAGCUUCACUGGGGGAUGACCAUUUUGCUAAUGCCAUUUUGACAUGUAACCAUUUUGGGGUGUAGCCGUUUUUGGCAUAAAUUAGAAUCAAUAAUUUAUUUAAUUACAAUUCAUUAAAACUAAAUAUUUUAAUACAAUUAAAAAUUGAUGCUAAGAAACUUACAUGAAUAAAUAUUAAUGUUUAAUGAUGAAAUAGUAUGUGUUACACAUCUUAAAUAUAAUGUUAAAAUAUGUGGUGUAUCUGAUUCUUGAAUUAUUUUUAAUAAUUUUUUUGUCGGAGUCAGGAUACUUUUUUUAGGGGGUUCUUCCUGAUUCCAAUUGGUACCUAUAAAUAUGUAUCCCUUCUAGCUUGGAUCAUUCUUAAGCUUGUUAUGAAUAACUAUAAUGUAGGAUGGGCAAUUCUUAUUUCAAUUUAACCAAUGAUACUGCUAUAAUUUGAACGGUAUAAAAAAUUAAAAGGGUGUUGUUUUGAUACUAUUUAUUUUUUAUGGUGGGUAUAAGGGUUGUAAGGGUGGCAUUUUAAAAUUCACCUAUACACAGCAUAUUAUGCAUUAACCUGGCACUAGUUAAAACAUACAACAUUGAAAAUGGCAGGAAAAUCAAAAACAAUUAUUAAGUGUAUUUAGACUAGUUAAAAAAAACUAAUUUACCAUAUUUUUGAAAACUAUGAGUAUAUGAAACAUAAGAAGGCAGCUUUUCUUUAAAGCAAGAGGAUUUCUUAGUGCAGUUAAAAGUUCUAUCAACUCUUAGGAUUGUAAUUGAUUGAAGUAGUUCUUCCUAUAUUUUUGAAUGGCGUCUCAAUUAGCAAAUACUACUCCAACUUGUUCUCCAUUUACCAUUUACCAACAUUAGACAUGUUGAAAAAAUCUAAACAACAAAAUAGUAAGAAAAUAACAAUAAUAAAACAACUAACAUUUGAAGUUUAUAACAGAACCCAAAAUAUACAAUUAAACCUUGAGGAUAGGCGCUGUAAGUUUGAAGUAUAAGGCAUUAUGUUAGUUCAAUCAGGAUAUCUAUUAACUCAUCAAUAGUUGUGGGAUUUUUUGGGACUGUAAAUGUGUGUAGUUUAGUGUACUUUCAGGAUUUUUAGAAGUAUAUUCUAACAGUUAUUGUUUCACAAUUAAAACUAUAAUAUAAUAUUAUUCCAGAAUUCUUUCAAUACAACUUCUUGAAUAUAAAUUUGUUUAGUGGAAAUAGCCAAUUUGCCAGUACUUGCUCUGUCUAAAACAAAAGAUUGUCUUAAAUUAAUUAUUGGAAUGUAAUUGGAGAUCAAUGAUUGUGUGGAAGAUUACAUCACCAUUACCAAUAAUAUCUAUAGAUCUAACCCAAGCUGGUGAUGGAUAAUAUUUAAAGAUAUUUUUCUGAUUUUCACAAAAUAAAUAUCUACAUAAUAAUAAAGUAAUUAAUAUUAUAAUAUAAAAUAGCUAAAUAAUGAAAUAUUUAUAUCUAAAUCUAUGUAGAUGACAUUGACGUUUAAAGUAAAUAUCAUAAUAACUAUCAGUUGCUCUCAUUGUUUUUUGUUCCUAGUGCCAUUUGUAUGGUAAUUCGAGAGUAAAAAAGUUGAAUCAUCAACCCUAAAAAGCUUAAAAUUAUUAAUGUUAUUAAUUUAAACAAAUUAAAACUAACAAAUGAUAAAAUUAUACAAUUUAUUACUUGGUAAGUAAUCGUGGAGAGUAUUUCAAUGACACCAUUGAAAGCCAUAUUUCCUUUGAAUUCCAGAAAAGAAAAACAUAAAAAAAAAAACCAAAAUUAUGUUAUAUUAAUGUUACUUAAUUAGUAAAGACACAGGAAUAGUCAGCACGAUGUUCUAUAAAUUUGAAUAAUACUGGUUUAUUUUCAAACAAUCCUAAUAAACCAGUUCUAUUUAUCUUGACAAACCAUUACUUAUCUUAUUAUAUUUUAAUAUCUGAUCAAGCAGUUAAUAAUCUAUUUAAUCUAAUUAAAUUUAUUCAUUUUGAACUUUAUUCAUUCAAUAUUUUUACAAAUAAUAAUUUAACAGUUCAUUCGUUAAACUGUAUAUCUAAUUGUGAUUCAACCUGUAAUCCUAAAUGAAUUAAUCUUGAAAAAGUAUUAGAAAUUGAAUAUCUUAGAUUAAUUAAUAAUUAUAGGCUAAAAUGGGACAGGCAUAUCAACUUUGUAAAUAAUAAUUUACAUAAAUUCUUCUAUGUAUUCAAAGAAUCUAGAUAUAUUUUUCAUAAUUAUUAUAAAAUAAUUAUUUAUUUAUCCCUAUUACAAUCUUAUUAUUCUUAUGGUUUAUCAAUUUGAGGAGGAACCUAUAAUAUCCAUUCAUCCAGAUUAAAUGUUACUAUUAAUUGUAUUAUAAAAUAUUUAUUAAAUUUACCUUUUCAAACAAGCACUAGCAUAAUAUAUAAGGCACUAAAUGUAAAAAACUUUUAAUUUAUUUAUAAUUUUUCUGUCUUAAUCAAUUUAUUUAUACAUCAACAUUUAAUACCAAUAUGAACAUAAAACUAGAUUCAAACAAAAUAUCAAUAUACACUUACCAAAUUGUACUGAAUCAAAAAAGUACAUUUUAAAUUAGCUUACUUUUAUGUGUCAUUUAAUAUUAAUUUAAAUAAUUUUAAGAAUUUUACUGCUUUCAAAAAUUAUAUAAAAAAAUUAGAUUUAAAUUGUAUUUAAUUCCAGUUAUUAACUACCUCAUAUCUGUCAUGUAUUGUCUAUUUUAUUUAUUUUAUCUAUUGGCCUCAUACUAUUAGAUUUGAUACCUCAUUGAUGAUUAUAUUAAUUGUGUCUAGUAUAAUUAAGUCUCUUUAUUCUAUUUGUAAUUGAAAUUUUUAUUUUUAAUUAUCAUUUGUAACAAUACUUAUUCUUACUUAACAUUUUUUUUCCUUUUAAGAACUUGCACUCCCAGCACACGCUCUGCUUUUGGAGUGCUGCAAUAUUUAUUUAAUUAUAAUUAUUAUACAUUUAUAAAUUUAUUUAUAAUUUAUACAUAUAAUAUUUUUUUAUAAUAUGUAAAGAUAUGUUAUUGCUGCAAUAAAUAUGAUAUUAUUAUUAUUAUUAUAUUGUACUGCUGUAACAUUCUGAUUAAUUAAGAGAUUAAAUUUGUGGGUUUUCACUGCUCUAGAUUUGAAAUAAGGCUGAUGGUUAUGUAAGUUAUAUUUUUAAAUAAAAGGUUUGUUAUAUUAGGUAUAUUAAUCUUAUUAUAUUAAUUACCUAAUAAGAAUAUUAGUAAUAUUAAUAAAAAAAAACUCGUGUUUUACAUUUUAACUGUAAUAUACCUGAUGAUAAUAUUUAAUUUGAAACUGGUCGUAAAAUACACUUAUCAUACUUCAGGCGACACAUUCAUUUAUUUAUUUUAUUUUUAAAUAUAAAUUUAUUUACUUUAUUUAAAAAAAACUAUCCAUAGAUAUUAAAAUUAUUUACACAACAUUUAUUGAUAUUAUAAGGACGUUUUAACAGCAUCUACUGUUUCAGUCCAACUACUGAGUAACAUAAAAAAAUAAUUCUUACGCAGAAUAAGUAAAACCAGCCUAAUUUUGAUUUUAGAGUAAAAGUACUUAUUAUGAAAUUUAUGUAGAACAAUAUUUUGUAGGGAAUGUCAGAGGUGUUUUUUGAAUUAUGAACUAUUAAACGUCCACUUUAACACUUACAUUUACUUAAUGUCAUGUAGCUGUUGUUUGUUCAGUGGCGUAGCCAAGAAGGGGUUAUAUCCUCAACCAUGCAUGAUAGCUCGAUUUAAGAUGGUCGUCUAAUAGAUUAAUAUAGAAGCGUUGAUCCCUUAUGACGACCGUGUAACAAAAUUGAAGCCCAUACGUCGCACGUCAGUCAUUAACCCUAAAAAGGAACUGUUAACAAAAAUCUGUUCGGAUAUUUCGCGUCGUCAAUAAAUAUUGACAUCAAUUUGAUGAUAAGUGAUAACCGUUUACACGAAAUAGAUUAAUAUUAUUAUUAUUACUCUAUGCUGUCAGUGUGCAUAUCUACAAACUGAUAUUGUUACUAUUGUCAACUUUGUUGAAAUAGUGACAACUGAAAAAAUAGUCUACAGACCACGAAUUUAGAUAUAAUACCUACGUGACGUCUAUUUAAGAGGUUCAAUUUAAGUAAUAUAGAAUGCACGUGCAUUCAUGGCUUGCGUCUGUAUGCGUAGUAAAUGAUCAUUAGUGUGAGUGUAAAUCCAUCCGUUUACCUAACCACCACCUAUUGCAUCACCAUAACACUACUGGUUUUGUCGCGUUUGGCGUUAUCGUACAUUACGCCGUCGCGUCGGCCGCCACCGCUACAAAUAUCUGAUAUUUUCAUAAUAUUAACACGUUAACUAUUUAUAGGCAUUUUAAAUUGUCAAAUUUUUUUUUUUAAUUUUGUUUGGUUUUAAGUCGUUAAAAUCGGUUUGACCUCACAAAAAUACAUCAAAAUUCAACACAAAUUUUACAAGUUAUAAUAUGUAAAAUAAAUGUCCUAGGACAAUGGAGACAGGUGCAGCCACUGUUAUAGGUUUAAUUUAAUGUACAUCUGUAAGCAACGAUAAACCAUUACUAACAAAAAAAUGAUUCUGAGUAAAGUUUAGUUGAUAGUAAUACUUUGUCAACAAUAAAUAUGCCGUAUUAUAGUAAAAUAAUUAAAUAGGCUCCAUAUUAUUCUUUAAUAAUAUUUGUUUAAUGUUGUACCGAUUUUCCCAGUUUUCCUACGUUUUUCCGGUUUUCCAUGUUUUAUCCCAGUUUUUCGCAUUUGCUGGGAAAACGCCUGAGAAAAACGAAAAAUUACUUUCCUAAAGUAUCCCCCCACGAUUUCGUUUCAGAAAAGGUGCUACAUGUAGAAAUCUGAGCAAGUCUUCUGGUUGCACACAGAUAAAAAAAAAAAUAACAACUGUAAAACUAUAAGCUCCUUCGCUCCACUCAGAAUAUAAAACGAACACGUUUAUACCAAAUAUUCAAAAAACAAUAUGUGUGUGUGUGUGUGUAUAAUUGUGGUGUCUUGCUUUUUUUUACGCUACAUCAUCUGAAUUAGGAUUAUUUAAUCUUUUUUAAACAACAAAAUAAUAUGUCAUAAUCUUCACAUUUUAAUGCUUACAUACCUACAUAAUAUAAUAACUAUUAUUACUUAUGUACAUUUAUUGAUAAAUAUUUUUCAACUUUUAGAUUCGGAGCACAGCGAUUUCGAUUACAAAAUAGAAAUUCCGCACUUAUGAAUUACCUACUCUUGACUUUCAUAUAGUAGCAUAUAAUAAAAAUUAGUAUUAAUAUCUAUUUUAGUGUUGAAAUUUUUAUUUUCCAUUACUGAAAAAAUUUUUUUAUCAUAAAAGUAUCAUUCAAAAGAGCAUACACCCAAAAUUAAUGUAUCAAUACAUCAAUUGCUUGACCACAAUAGUAUCAAUUAUUAAAUUAAUUGAUAUAUCAAUGAAUUAUACAUUUUUUUUUUUUUUUAAUGUUUAAAACUACACAUUUAUGGUUGUUGUAAAAUAAAAUACAAUUUGUUGUAUUCUUUUGUAUUUGAAUUUAGUAUUUAUAUUAAAAUAUUAUUCCAUGUAUAAUUAGAAUUUGUACACACAAAUAUAUAGGUUGUUUUAUUAAGUAUGCUCACUCCAUUUUUAAGUUUAAUUAAAGUGAAUAUUUUUGAAUACUUUGGUUUUUCAAAUGAAAACCUUUAUUAAAAAUUACAUACAUGGAUGGAGUAUUAGUUUGAAUAUAUUUUUAAUUUAUGUCAACUGAUAGAUAUUCUAAAGAUGUUCCAUUUUUAAGUUUAGAUAAGGUGAGUAACAGAAUAUCAUUUAUGUGGUGGUGUAGCAUUUUAAAAGUGGAAUGUCUUGUUAAUGGGUUGAUGAAAAUCAAACAUUUCCUCACCAAUACUCCAUUUAUUUAGUAAAAUCACCUAAUAUAAAAAUUUAAAAAAGGGGGCAAUAUUCUAGAAGACUAGAUGAAAAUUUGUUUUGAUAAUUAUUAUUUCUUAAGUGUUAUAGUCUUAUAUUUCUCAAGUGUUAUAGUCUUAUAUUUAUUUAUGUUUGGUUUAGAUUACAAUCCUUCAAUGGAAUCUGGCAAUUGUUUAAACUAUAGACCUGCCAGAAGUCCAUGUUCUGGUGGUGGAUGCGGAUAA